AUGGAUUCUAUGCCAAACGAAAUCCUAACUCACAUUUUCUCGAAUCUCGAGUCUGAGAUUCCACCCCACGACAGCUGGGAGAAGGCUUACAUGCUAAGAGACUCCUUCGGUCCGCCGAACGACCUUCUUUCAGUCUCACUUGUGUGCCGCAAAUUUCGCAAUGCUGCACGCCCCUUCAUGUAUAGAACAGUUUCCAUCACCAGCGAGACUCUCACUAGGAUCAGCCCGCAGACGGUUGUUAGAACCCGCCGCCCGCGUGAUUAUGGCAAAGUCAUGGACGGUUUCUUGAGCACUCUGUUCGCCGAACCUAAACUCGGUUUGAAUAUCCGCCAUUUACGAAUCGACUCCUGGGAGACUCGCUUGAACAUAGACAGACUGGUGCGUCAGCUUGUUGAGUACAACAAAGACAUCAGCGAGGCACAGAAGAAGUUGCUCAGCGGUUGGCUGACCUUCCCCACUGUUCACCUUGAGGAUGGUGUUGUCUUGCUCCUGCUCAUCCUUUCCCCGAAGCUCCAAUCCGUGGACUUGCGUACCUACACCAAUGAUCAGUGUUUCACCGAGUACCUUAGUGGUAUCAGAAAGAUUGAAAACUCUGUCUUCCAGCCACGCGUCUCAGAUCCCGUUGUCGCUGACGCGAGUGAGCAAAACAUCAACGACCCUGAAACUGCUUCUGGAAACCAGGAAAUCAGCUCCAAUGACUCCGCACUGGUUGCUUCUGGAAACCAAGAAAUCAGCACCAAUGACUCCGCACUGGUUGCUUCCUCGGACUCGCACGAAGAAGAUGACCAAAGCAUGCUUCCUGAUCUCAAAGAGAUCCGACGCAGAUACAUCAGCCCAAGGGCUUGCGCAGCCAUCUCUGGAUUUCAGGAUGUCCUCUACCAUCCAAGAGUUGAAACUCUUCGCUUGCAAGGCUUCUUGUGGAAUAAUAAAGAGAUCAAUCAAGAGGCCACAUUCAGCGAGAUAUCUUGCAAUCUCAAACAACUACAGCUAGAAAGUUGUCUUGUUAAUGACAGGGCCCUGGAGAACAUUCUCACGCGCUGCACACAACUCCACUAUCUUUCGAUUACCCUUCCCGACAUCCGCAGGGUAGGCUUCAUGGGCAUGAGCCCUACUGUGAGCGUGAAGGAAAUGGGACAUGUCGUCAGACAGCAUGGCACGAAGCUUCAGACCUUUGAGCUUGAUACCUUUGACUACAACUACUUCUAUCGCGCCAAAAGACCCCUCGGCUCGCUUCGAACCUUGGAGUCGCUGCGCCACCUCAAGAUCAGCGCAGGAGACCUUUUGAAGCUCAAGGCAAGCGCCGUUGAGGGGGACGUCGACACUGAUGAUGAGGAGGAAGAAGAGGAAGACGAAGACGAAGACGUCUUCUCGGCACCUCUCAAAGACAAUCUACCUCUCGGCCUGGAGACACUCUACAUCGUACGCACCUCACGCAAAGUCGAGCUGAGAGACAGCCAGCUGUUGGAGGCGGUUCGCGACAUCAUCCGAUACAAGCCCUUUACUAAGCUGCGAAAAGUCGAAGUGGAGAUCACCGGCUGGCUGCUCAGGGACGUCUCCGCGCCCGGGUGGGAGGCGUCCGCAAGGCGCGCUCGAAUCUAUUCGGACUCGUACAGCAUGUCACAGGCAGAACAGAGUGUCCCGAAGGAAGUGACUGUCAUAGUCUUUGACCGGCGUGAGGGAGCCACCAGACACCGCUCCGGCAAUUAG